GGCACACGACAUCAAUAUGUCCUGUUUCCAGUAAUAUGAACCGUGAUCUCCUGGUUAAGGUGGUAUCUGCUAGGUUUCUUCGUUGUAAAGUCACUAUCCAAUCUUCUUAAUAUGCAGACACACCCUUGAAGGAGCACCAAAUGCUUCCCCACUGAAGAGGUGCUACCGUGGAAUGAAAACUUGGAGUUAGAUCACCACCGCUGAUCUGAUUUAGCAAGCUCCAGUGACUGGAAGAGACAGCAUUCGUAAACUAUCGGGGACACCGAUACUCACUAUGGUUGCUACUGGAGAUAACGCAUUUGUGAAUGUUCAGCACAGUAACGUGGCACGAGGUUCACCAAGUGGCCGCAUGUUUUAGCAUAAGUUAUUUACUGCUAGAGGAUCCAGAAGUAAGUUUAAAGAGCGGAAAAGGGGACAACAUAGGGCUCUGGGAAGAAGGGAGCCCGUUUUGAAGGUGAGAAAAUGAUGGAGCACAGAGACGUGAAGACGCUUCUCCACGGUAACGCAGGGGUGGGGCUGAGCUCGAUUUCCACGUCUGUAGACUCCCAGGCCAGCCCUGACCAAUUCAUCUCAGAACUUGCACGGACUAUUCCCAAGGGGGUCGCUCCGGAGCCUCCAGAGGUACCUGACUACAGCGCCAACCCCGCACUUUCCCAUGUCGUCAGCGCGUUUUGGCUCUGGGCCUCUCUUUUUGCCUCAAUCUGGGCGCAAAGGGGUCUCAGCGACCGUCCCCCUCGCCUUCAUACUCUCCCUCCACCCAGGGUCUCCAGAGCCAGCUCAGACCUCGACUGAGAGUCGAAUGCCUCUUGCGACACCGAGAACCAGCAUCUUUUCGGCACAGCUGGAGUUGGGAAUUUUCCACAGCGAAAGCGCUCUUUCGCUUUUAGCUUUGAGGCAGCUGACUUAGGAUCACCUCGCCUGGCCGUCCCCGCACGCCCCACGCUGGUUCCUGAUAGGCUACCGGAGCUGUCCGUUUUCACAGAAAACCGCGCAGACGCAGAAAGGCUGGGGACCGGGCUGCUUGUCGGCAACGCAGAGCUACCGAAUCGGUCCAAGAUGGCGGAGGUGGAGGAGACACUGAAGCGACUUCAGAGCCAGAAGGGAGUGCAAGGAAUCAUCGUGGUGAACACAGAAGGCAUUCCCAUCAAGAGCACCAUGGACAAUCCCACCACUACACAGUACGCCAACCUCAUGCACAACUUCAUCUUGAAAGCGCGGAGCACUGUGCGUGAAAUUGACCCCCAGAAUGACCUCACCUUUCUUCGAAUUCGCUCCAAGAAAAAUGAAAUUAUGGUUGCACCAGAUAAAGACUAUUUCCUGAUUGUGAUUCAGAAUCCAACCGAAUAAGCCACUCUCUUGGCUCUUUGUGUCAUUCCUUAAUUUAAUGCCCCCCAAGAAUAAUGUUCAUCAUGUCAGCAGACUGGCACGUGGAAAUCGCCUUAGAGCCGACGCAGAUCAAUCCAGUGACCAUGGGAGGGCUGGCAGCUCUGCCCACCCCACCAAAGGAAUCCCCCUGCUGCGCCAGUCUCCCCAGAGUUCCCAGGAGGGCCCUCUUUCCUCACUUCCAGGUUUUGGAGCAAGAGCUUGUGAGAAGCCCACACCCAGCUUCCUUCUGACCUUCAGUUCACUUUGUUGCCCUUGGAAAAAGCUGUUUUUCUUUAACUAAAAAUAACUGAAAUGCUUA